UUUCAUGUUCUUUGAACAACUUUUUCUUUGAACAACUGUUACGUUUUCUCUUCCAGACAAUUAUUGUUUGAAAAGUAGUCAAUUGCGAUAAACUAACCAGCUGGCAAAGAAUGAACAACUUGCUUGCUUAGUUGUUUGAAAUUGGGCCCAAAUACGAAAGAGGGUACGAGAUCAUUGGAAGCGUCAUUUUCAGUGUAUGACAAAAUAACUAUGACGUUGAAUGAAUAACAUUUUUUGCGGUCAAUAAUAAUUUAUUUAUUCGACCUCACGUAGCACCUCGUUUAAAACACGUUAUCGCUGUAAUUUAUCGGCAUCGUUUCUCGAAUUCAGUGUAAACAUCACUGAACAAAAUACAUUAUUGUAUAUGUCAAAUCCACUGUAAUUUAAUUUUUAUAAAUAUAUGUACGUGUGUUCAUAAUUUUAGGUGUAAAAAGUACGUUUCAUCAAAUUAAUUGGGAAAAAAAAUAUUCAGACGGAAGACUUGUCUUCCGGAAAUGCUUCAUUGCGGACGUUUGAUAGAGUAGCACCAGUGGGAUCUAAAUGGCAUGCAUCUGAAAUGUUUACAAAUAAGUGGUUUCAAAGGAAACACGUGUAUUUUAAAGUAGUUUAUUCGAUUGUAAUAUCCGAGCUUUAUUUGAGUUAGGAAACCACUAACUAUUACGGACUAACUAUACAGUAUGAGCGAGGAAGGUCUGAUGUUCCGAGGUAAACAAGACAACAAACAUAUUGAAGAAAAGCCAAACAACGAAGCUGCCAAGCCCCUCUGGACUCCCAGCAACAAUAACUUCAGAUUUGAUUUUUUCCCUGAGGACUUGGAGACCCAUCAAGAAGCAUCAUCAGAGAGUCCAUUGCCCAAUACAGGACUGAAGAUCACAAUGAACUCCCCACACCAUGAUGCAACUAUAGAUAACGUGGCAGCAGAGACUUCAUUCCCUAAGAAUGAAAAUUGCAUCACUGUGUCGGAGGAUAGCAGCUCCCCGCUUGCACAGCCUGCACAAUCAAAAGCAAAGAAAAAGAAGAAACAUGGAAAGAAAAUGUCCACGGUGAAUGCAGAGGCACCCACAGCAGAGACAAGUGCAAUUGAAGCGAGUCAAGCAGGCAAAAACACAGAGAUGAGUGCUGAAGAAGAGUUUAAAAGACAGCUGGACUGGUGCGUUGAGCAGUUACAACUGGGAAUGAAGUCACAGAAAGCUACUACGAAGCAGAGGGAGGAUGCAUCUCAUGCCCUUAAGACGUUACGCAGCUCCAAAGCUCCCCUGGUCAAGAAGAGGCAAGUGAUGAGGGCCACGGCGGGAGAUUACAGGAAGAAAAUGGAAGACGAACAGAGCAAGCAGUUCAAACUUAUCCAAAGUGAACUUGCAUCCGCUAAACUCAAAGUAAAGUCUGAGUCGCCCAAAAAAUCGGUUUUCCAUCGGAGAGCUGAAGGCAAACAGGAGGAAAACCGGCAGCAAAGUGAGGGUCAGGAGUCAGAAAAUUCCUUUGCGUUUACCGCAUCAAAGGAGGCGUUUCGCUUCAAUUUUCUCUAAUUUCAGCUUUUAGGACAAACUUUUGAGCAGGUUUGAGGUUGGAAACAAUCGUCAUUGUCCUAUUAAUAAUGUUUUACUCUUUCUUUUUAGUAAAUAAAGUGCAUCUUGUUGGAGAAUUACAAGUUGUGCCAAAAUUACUGCAACAUGAGACUUGCGUUGACACUUUUUCUUCAUUCUACAAUUUCACCCAAAAGCAGAAUAUAUCUACAUUUUUGUGAAGAAAUAUAAAUAACAAUAAGCAAUGAAACAAACUGUUUACUUCUAAAGCGAUACCG